UCCGUCUGCGCUUUAGACGCGGCUCUUUAGCAUCACGACCAACUUCAGACUGAGCAGCGCGGACACUGUGGAGCCUGUGCGGAUGGAGGGCAAGACUGUUACUAGUUUUUUUUAAACUGCACCCUUCUUUCAUCACACAUUUUUAAUUGGGAUGUUGAUGGUUUGAUUAUUCUGAAUGCGCCUCGCAAAGAAGCGACGUUUCUAAUGACGUGAUUACAUUUGAUGCACACAAUCAGCGUGAUAUGCUAUGGUGUUUCUUGGAGCUAAUCCGAAGCUAACAGCGCCAGGGUUGUUUUGGGAGCUACGUUCUUGAUACACCUUUUAUACGUAUACAUGAGUCAAAUAUUUCUUGAAAUAUUGUCAAGCUGGAAUACACAAGGGAAUGUCUAACCAAGGAGUGAGGAGAAAUGGCCCAGUAAAACUGCGAUUGACAGUCCUGUGUGCCAAGAACCUGGCAAAGAAAGACUUCUUCCGUUUGCCCGAUCCUUUUGCCAAAGUGGUGGUGGACGGCUCAGGACAAUGCCACUCUACAGAUACUGUGAGAAAUACAUUGGACCCAAAGUGGAAUCAGCAUUAUGACCUAUAUAUCGGAAAGGCAGAUUCAAUCACCAUCAGUGUUUGGAAUCACAAAAAAAUCCAUAAAAAACAGGGUGCAGGAUUCUUGGGGUGUGUCCGACUCUUGUCCAAUGCCAUCAACAGACUCAAAGACACUGGCUACCAGAGACUGGACCUGAAUAAGCUCAGCCCAAAUGACAAUGACACUGUGAGAGGACAAAUAGUAGUGAGUCUCCAAUCCAGAGAUCGUAUUGGGUCAGGAGGGCCGGUGGUAGACUGCAGUCGUCUAUUUGACAAUGACUUGCCUGAUGGCUGGGAAGAGAGGAGGACAGCCUCUGGACGCAUUCAGUACCUAAAUCACAUCACUAGAACAACUCAGUGGGAGAGGCCAACCAGGCCAGCGUCCGAGUACUCCAGCCCGUCAGGACGUCCCCUCAGCUGUGUGGUGGAUGAGAACACCCCUGUGAUGACCCCCAUCAAUGGAGCAGAGGCCAGCGGUCCUCCCGGAGAGCAUCGGAUCCAGGAGAGACGCGUCCGAUCGCAGCGCCACCGGAACUACAUGAGCAGGACACAUCUGCACACACCUCCUGAUCUGCCAGAGGGAUACGAGCAAAGAACCACUCAACAAGGUCAAGUCUACUUUCUCCACACCCAAACAGGAGUAAGCACAUGGCAUGAUCCUCGGGUGCCCAGGGACCUAAGCAAUGUGAACUGUGAAGAGUUGGGUCCGCUGCCUCCAGGCUGGGAGAUCAGAAACACUGCCACAGGAAGAGUCUACUUUGUGGAUCACAACAAUCGGACGACCCAGUUCACAGACCCACGACUGUCUGCCAACCUGCAUCUUGUGCUAAACCCAAGUCCAAAUGGAUCCCGUGUGGCCAUGGAGAGCCAAAACACUAACCUCAGUCACCAGAACCAGAUUAAAGAGCCGGUUGCUCCUGGGGGUCCUCCACAGCCCUUGUCCCCUGCACAGCUGCCUGAAGAGGCCGAGUGUCUGACGGUGCCUAAAUACAAGAGAGACCUGGUGCAGAAGCUGAAGAUCCUGCGCCAGGAGCUGUCCCAGCAGCAGCCACAAGCCGGCCACUGUCGCAUCGAGGUCUGCCGUGAGGAGAUCUUUGAGGAGUCAUAUCGACAAGUCAUGAAGAUGCGUCCAAAAGAUCUCUGGAAAAGACUAAUGAUCAAGUUUAGAGGAGAGGAGGGACUGGACUAUGGUGGUGUUGCCAGAGAAUGGCUAUACCUGCUGUCCCACGAAAUGUUGAACCCCUACUACGGCUUGUUCCAAUACUCCAGAGACGACAUCUACACGCUACAAAUAAACCCCGACUCUGCUGUCAACCCGGAGCACUUGUCAUAUUUCCAUUUUGUGGGACGCAUCAUGGGCAUGGCGGUUUUCCAUGGCCACUACAUCGAUGGAGGAUUCACGCUGCCGUUUUACAAACAGCUGCUGGGAAAACCCAUCACCCUCGAUGACAUGGAGUCUGUGGACCCGGAUCUACACAACAGCCUCGUCUGGAUCCUGGACAAUGACAUAACAGGAGUCCUAGAUCACACUUUCUGUGUGGAGCAUAACGCCUAUGGAGAAAUCAUCCAACACGAGCUCAAGCCCAACGGGAAGAGCAUCCCCGUCUCUGAGGAAACUAAGAAGGAAUAUGUCAGGUUAUACGUCAAUUGGCGUUUCCUGCAUGGGAUCGAGGCUCAGUUUUUGGCUCUGCAAAAAGGUUUCAAUGAGGUCAUCCCACAACAUCUACUUAAAUCUUUUGAUGAAAAGGAGCUAGAGCUGAUCGUGUGUGGUUUGGGUAAGAUUGACAUCACAGACUGGAAGUCCAACACUCGUCUGAAGCACUGCACUCCAGACAGCAACAUCGUCAAGUGGUUUUGGAAAGCCGUGGAGUCGUUUGACGAGGAGAGAAGAGCCCGUCUGCUGCAGUUUGUCACUGGCUCAUCCAGAGUGCCACUGCAAGGCUUUAAGGCUUUACAAGGAGCUGCAGGACCCAGACUUUUUACCAUUCACCAGAUUGAUGCCAACACCAACAACCUGCCCAAAGCUCAUACCUGCUUUAAUCGGAUCGACAUUCCACCUUAUGAGAGCUAUGACAAGCUUUACGACAAGUUGCUGACAGCGAUUGAGGAGACGUGUGGCUUCGCCGUGGAAUGAUUUUGGACGCUAGUGAUAUUGGACACAUGAAGAACUGUCAGACUUUUCCCUCCUCCGGGCCGUGCACACAGACCCCGUCAGAGCCGCGUCACCCUGGACACAACGCAGUCUUCCUCCUCCUCUCACCGCGCUCCAUAUUCUUCCAUCUCCAAAACUUUCAAAACAGCUGCUAUGACACUGACUCACUGUCUAAAUGUUUUGUUGUCUUAUGGUGCAGUUCCUUUGAUAUCUAUUAAACCAGAAGAAGCUGCUGAAGGUUUGUAGUAUUCGAUUUGUAUCACAGUUGUGUAAAUGAGCAGUUGUUUUUUUUUUUUUUACUUGUCUGAAAAGGCCCUGGAUGAAAAAUAUACAAUGCCUCUUCCAUUAUUGCAAACAGUAACCCCUGUUUAAGCUUUUUGGGGAGUUCUACAGUAGCAUGGCAAAGACCUAUUUUAAUCUUGCCCAAAGUAGCCAUUUGAUCUCAACAAAUUUUCUUUUCUGUUGAGAGAGCGCACCACUUGAUCAUCCUACCUCAAAGUUUAAGAAUUUCUUUGAACACAAUUUAAGAUUUGAAUGCAACGACUCUAUUGAUGGUUUUCAGAUUAUAGAUAUAGGUGAUGUCAUUACCAGAUGGGGGGCAAGAGAUGGAUUUUACUGUCUUUGAGUAAGGAAAAGUAGCACCACUGCCAUUCAGUUAAAAUAUUCUAUCUUUUGAAUGGUCCAUAAAAUGUCGAUUACAUGGUUUUCCUGCUGAUUUAUUUUAGUCACAAUGCCUUAAGAACUGAAAAAUCUGCAUUUUAACAAUAUUCAUUUAACUGCCCCCAUCUGAUUAAAAGGUACACUAUGGCACUUCUGUUGGAGGGUACAAGAUGUUUCGCUUUGCCUUGGAAGUAUGGCAUUAAACGAAUCUAUCUCAGAUGUACUGAGUUGUUUUAUUGUAAAAAAAUAAAAAUAAAAAUCAUGCAUUAUUACUGUGAGCGACCGGGUUCUUGUUGUCAUGCAAGAUUGCUGUAGAAGAUUUCAGACCUUGCAAUUUUAUUUCCAUGACAACAAUUAGGUGUCGGACCCUCCAUCAGAAGAAGUAUAUAGUGUUCCUUUAAGUAUUAUUGGAUUAUAGAAAUUUGAUAUCAUCUGAAAUCCAGCAAGUUAUGGGUAUAUAAUAUUAUUUUAGUCCUGCAGCAGUUCUCGAGUGUUAAGUAUGUGUUUGUGAUGGGCAUUUUAAAAUACUGAGCGACUCUGGUGGAAAAGAAGUGAAGUCCUAUUGGCUGCACUGUGGCCAUAGAUUCAUUUAAAGCGUGUAAUUGUUUUAAUAAGACUGCAACAUACUUUCUGCACAAAUCCUCUUCUCACUGCUGCAGAGCUGACCAACCUCACAAAUUAAAGGUGGUGAAAGCAAUUUUGUCACAACACCAAAAAAAUACCCCUUUAAUUUACCUUUCUUGUCUUAUGCAUGUUUUGGCCAUUUAAAUACAUUUUAGGAGGACUUCCUUUAAGCUUGUUAGGUCUUCCUUUUCUUCCACAUUACCUUCAGCAAGUUAUGUACAAUAAACACAUAUAGUGGGAUUAUAUUUUAAAUGGCCCCUGAAGCUGUCUAAAUAACAAGCUUAUAAAGGUCACAUGCCAUUCAUUUAAACAUUUCUCCCCCUCUAUGGUCACUUUAGAGCACUUUAUAAGAUGAGUGAUGAGUGCUUUUUUUAUCAUUAAGAUCAAAUGUAUCAUUGUCAUUUGCUAUACAUCUACAUCAGUAAUAUACAGAAAUAUAUCCACCUGUAAUAUUGAGUAUAUAUGUACAAAACAUAGCUAUUUUGUAUAUUGUGGCUUGAUCUUUCUAUUUGUUUUAAAUGCGCGCAUGUUUGGUGUCUGCCAGAGACCUCUUUCUCAGGUGAAGUCGUCUUUUUUUUAAUUUUUUUAUUAUUGUUUAUAUUCGAGGCUAGUAUGUGAAGAGACCUACCACUUGAUUUAUUGGGAACUACAUUACCCACAAUUCCAGUAAAACAUGUUGCCUGUUCAAAGAAACACCAACUCAAAUUAUUCAGUUAUUUCCGUUUCAUGAGUACAGUGGUUCUCAAUGUGAAUUUGGCUUUCAUAUAUUUUAAUAAAGAUGGAAGCUAUUCAUAUACAAAAAGGUAACAAAUAAACUGUACACCAUCGACUGUAUAUAUAAUGGACAUGGCUAUCCCGCAAGCCACUGUGCUCCAAAUAGGAAAUGAGCAUGUGGGAGCUCCAUCGACUCUGACUCCAAUUGACUUUACACUGAAAAAUGUUCACCCCUCUUUCUAAGCCGCUCUACAUGAUCCUGGUGUUUUUAUUUUGCCAUUUUCUCCAUGAAUAAAUUCCUAUUCCUAAAAUGGAAUUCUGCUCCAAAUUCACUCCCGUAACUGCUAGCCUCGUGAGCUUCAUUUGACUGGAGCCAAACACUAUGGUUGACGUCACACUCACGUAAUCCACUUUUGUAUACAGUCUAUGGUCUACAAACAGUGACAAAAAGCUCUUCAGCUAAUACUCAAACCACUGUUCAAGGCACAGUCUUUUAAGGAAAAUAUCUUGGGCCACUUUUCAAACAAUCUGAAAGUGCACCCCAAUAUUUGUAUUAUUGAAAUUAUGGAAUGCGUUUAACACGUUUAACAAUAUUGUGUUUUGUAAUUCACAGAAAAGUCCUGAAUAUGAUAAAUUGUAUGUUCCUUUCACUCAGCAAAAACACAUGAACAUUUUUGCACAUCACAUCUCUCGACCAAAUACAUGUGCUGAUUGACCACUAUGUACGUACACAGCACAUGCACCACCCGCCUCGGCCUUUGCUCUCAUUUUCUGUGGGGACAUUGCUUCCAGACCAACAAUUCUCAAAAAGUUCAUUCUAAUUUCAGUAUUUUUUGUGAUCCUUUUAUGAAACGUUAAAAAAAAAAUGAAACACUAUUUUAUGGAUGAGGUGGAAACUGUAGCUUUUUAUUUGAUCUCAAGCUGCAAAACUAUUUUUGUUUAAUUGCUUUUGUGUCUGAAUAAACUGACCACAACAAAACCAAGUCUUAGUGUUAAGAAAAUCAUAUUUUUUUUUCUAUCCAGGUUUGUAUUUAUUUUGACCAUUUAUGUGAUUAUAGUUUUUCACAUUGGCUGCUCUGAGCUUGUAACUGACACCUGUACAUACAUAGGACAAUAAAGAGGCUGAGUAACAAACUUGUUGUACCCCUGCAGAAAGCCAAGCAAUAAAACUAUGCUGUUUGGACCACACAGCAUUAUGUUUUAUACAAA